CUGGAUUAUACAGACUAUAAAACAUGCCAUUUGCUUAAAGAAUAACACACUCAGAGCGAUAAUUAGGCCAAAAUUGUACAAAAAUACAUACAUUUAUACAAUAUAUCCAUGAAAAACCUUCUUUGUCUGUAAAUAUGCUCUAUACAGAACUCCUCACGUGGCAUGGUUUCAGCUUCACCUGGUUUAGUUUCUGUAAAAAAAAAAAAAAAAAAGAUCUAUUGAGCACCUUUUGCUGUCCAAUUAUUAAUUGAUGUAUCGAAAAAAAUAGUCCACAGAUUAGUCAUUAGCAAAAUAAUCGUUAGUUGCAGUCCUACAGCCAAUCUGGUUCUAUACUAAUUUAACAACCAAAGACGGUUACCUAGUAAGAUAAUAACUACUCAUAACCUUUCAGUACAACUUCACUUAAAAUAACUAUCCCUUUUUAAAGUAAUGUAUGAAUAUACAUGCUAAUAAUAGGUGUAUUUAAAUCUCCAAAGGUGAGUGCUGGAGGGGCAUCGUUUUAGCAGUUAGAGGGAGGUAAAAUUAGCAGUUUAUAGGAGAAAAUGCUAACUGAAAAUACACAAUACAUUGUUUAUGUAAGUUGGAGGGUUUCUCUUAAUUUGCCUUGUCACUGAAUCUGAAAGAUAUUUACAUUUUUUUGUUGUAAACACCUCUGUCAGUCUGCUGUAUCAACAAGAAAAGGAUGGUAUUGUAAUUAACAGAAGCUUUAUUAUUUUAGUCAUACAAGGAGAAUGUUGUCUAUAGAUGUAAAGCUCCAAGAAAACAAGAGAAGUGCCUUGUUCCAAAGCCUAGUUUAGAUCCUUUUAAUCUUCAUUUUUGUUUUAGAAUGCAAACAAACCAAAAGGCUGUUUAUAAGAUUUUUGAAGUUAUUGUGUUAAUAGUACACGAUGUGUAACAGGGGUCACAUUCCACCAGUUAUUUUUUCAGACGUUAUCCCUAACAUGUCCGACUGGUCUCCAAACUAAACGGUGCCAUGAAAACACGGGUGAGGAGUAACAAUGGAAAUCAACGAGCCUGCAGGGAAAGUACAGUGUUUCAACAUCACUGUGGCCUGGAUCUGGGGCAGAUUGAAUCAUGUGAUUAUUGCCAGAGGCUGUUGCCCUCUGAUGCUCGAGGAACCCUCCACACUCCUCUAGAAUGUAUUUGAUGAAUGUACCUCCUGUCGCAGCGACGGAAACAGAAUGGCGAAGAUGUGGCCCAACUGGAGGCUAUAGCCUUCCAGUUUGCUUUAAUGACUCUGACACAGAGUUGUCCACCAGAGGCACACCAAUCUCAGAUAAGGUCCAGAUGAUUAUAGAGAGCCUUAGGAGCAGCCAGUCCUCACUCGAGAUGGACGAUGAAAUCGAGGCAAACAUGCUAUCAGGACAGGAACUUCAUACCCAAGUGUGCAAGGCUGCAGUGGGUAACUCUGUGGGAACCAAGUUGAAAACAAAAAGCCCCACUGAAAACCCGCACAUACAAUUUUCUUCCACGACCAACCAUGACAGCAGUGAUUCCGACAGUGACGAUUCAGUAGACAGAGGAAUUGAGGAAGCAAUACUGGAGUACCUGAAAGAAAAAGAUGGACACAAGCGCAAGGCUGAACCAUCUUCCACUUUUUUUCAGUCAUCCAAACUUCCAAGGAAAAACCCACCACCACCCUCAGAGGACAACUCAUCAUUGAUACCCAGUAGCCACUUCCCAAUAAGCAUCAAAACUGAAACCCCAAUCACAGCAGCUACUAUAUCUGUAAAAAAGUAUAUUAAAAACAAAGCCUCCCAGGAUGAAAACUUUGAUUUGGACAAAACUUCACCCAAUAAUUUUCUCAGUUCCAUGGAGCAAUGGAAGAGCCCCUCUGAAACAAUCAGGUUUGUCAACAAAACUUCAAAGUCCCCUGUAAUACCAAAGAUGGAGGAAGACUUGAGUGAUUCCAGCAGUGAUGAUGGCAUUGAGGAGGCCAUUCAAAAAUACCAGUUAGAGAAAAAAGAGCAGCAGAACAAAUGGCAAGCCUUUAAUCCUCAAACAUUCCAAGAAGAUUCUGACUCUACAAGCGAUGAUGGGAUUGAAGAAGCUAUCCGAAGCUACCAGCUUGAGCAGUUGAAGGAGAAUAGUCUCCAGAAGCAACUCCUCUACAAGCCUAAAGCCCCUGUCAAGUUAUCAGUACAUGCUGCUGUAAGCACGAACUCUGAUGACAUGAAGAAAAACAAACUGAAAAGAAAAAGAAUUAGACCAGGGAUACAGACUCAAACAUCACCUGUUUCAAAACCCAAGACUUCAUUGUCAGGUAGCCCCAAAAGCAAGGGAAAUGGACUACUUUCUUUGAAAGCUGAGAGUUUUAAAGAGCAGUCAGCUCCUGCUCCUUCCAAAGUUAACACCACAGCAGAACUGAUGUGUGCUGAAGCGAUACUGGAUAUUUCCAAAACCGUAAUGCCUGGAGCCUUCCAUCAAGGCAUCAGCCUCAGCACAUGUGGUCCGGCUGAAUCUUUCGCACAAUCCUCUUUUCCCGAUAGACACCCAUAUGAAGAAAGCAAUGACAGCUCCAUUGAUAGUGAAGAUGGGAUUGAACAAGAAAUCAGAAACUUUCUAGAGCAGAAGGCCCAAAUGCACAAACAGCCAGCAGCUGUUCAAGAGCCUCGUGGUGUAGUACAUCCAGAGAAGCGGAAGGGAAGAGAUGCUGCUAUUCAAGAGAAACCACAAAAGUUGUCUUUAACACAGACAAAAAAGCAGAAGGAGAUAAACAUAACGGUAGCGAACAUGUCGGGAACUAAAGACAAAUGUAGAGAAACUACUGAGCAAACAAGAGAAUCAAAUGCCUUGGCACUUCUGCAUAGAAGUCAAACCCAACCAAGCACAUCACACAGGACAGACCAAAGCGGAGACAAAAGCAGUUCACUUGACAGUGACGAAGACCUCGACACUGCAAUCAAAGACCUGCUUAAGACAAAAAAGAAAUCGAAGAAAAAAAUCAAAGACAUGAAAAAAAAAAACAGGAAGUGCAUCAAAGAUGAAGAACCACUGUUGGGAAAUGCUUUACCCAACAAAAAGUUCAAAUGGGAGCCUGGAUCCAAGUGUAGAGCUUUGAAAAAAGUACACAGGGGUGACGAUGAGAUAAAAAACAAGUCUGGAUUGACUAAAAAUAAUAUCUCACAACAAAAGCAAAUGGAUAAAUAUAAGGGCGGUGAAACAGCAGACACUGUAAGGGGGGAAAGAUUAAACACCAAACCGCCGCAGACUCUUGAACCCUUUCUUCGAAUGGAAGAUGACAGCAGCUCAGUAGACAGUAAUGACAGUAUUGAGCAAGAGAUAAGAAGGUUUCUGGCUGAGAAGGCCAAAGUUUCCUCUGGAGACAAAAGUAAAGAUGGAGCUUUGAUUCAGAAUGGGUCCACUGUGGUUCAAGAUGCAGAUGUUCAGUUUCCACUUAAAGACAUUAAACAGGAGACUCAGCUGGCUGAGAUUUCUCCAAAACACAUCAGUCCUCUCUCUGCAUCUCAAGUAGGGACCCCCCAGAGGUUUGAUCCUGAGAUCUCGUCUGACAGCCCACGGUCGUGUGCUUCCUCAGUCCAGUCCUGCAGUCCCAGUCUUCUGGAGCCGGCCGAUGGCGCAGGGACGACUAGGAACCAGCAAAGGAGGCCCAACAAUGCCAGAGAUGUUCUAAUGAAUGGCACCCAACAGGUGGAAAGAGAUCAACCAGCUUUGAGUGCCAACCAUGCUCGAUCCCUUGCAGAGUCAAUUAAGUGGCGCCAGAGCCUGGGGCUUCCCAUUCCUGACCCAAGGGCUUUAAGCCGGACUGCCUUUCAUAUCACCUCUUCGGACAGACGAGACAAUUCAUCAGAAAAGAGGGACCUAAAAUCACAGAGUCCAACCUUUGCUUGGUGUUCUUCAAGGAGCAGCAGAGCACCGUUUUCCAGCUCUAUGGAGGCAGGGGCAAAUACCACAGUUAGACCCCCUGUUUUGAAAAAUUUUUCUGCUGCUAGGCAGCACUCAAAGAUGACCUUUACACAGAGCCUUAUGCCUGGCAACAGGUCCCAGUUCUCCUUGGAAGAAGGGCGGGCGAGUACAGUGCACAUGCCUAAGGACAAGAGUGUUUUUGUAGAGCUGGAAACUAACAGGACCAACCAUGUCCAGGUUCAAAGCAGGGAAAGGAGUGAGGGAAAGGGGAAGGCAGACUCACUGAGUGAGAGAAAUAGAGAAGGCAAGAGCAUGGUGAUAGAUGAUGAUGGAGCUCAUCAAGACAGAAAGGAUGAAGAGUUUAUAGAUGAGUCAGAUUGUGAAUCAGGCAGCAGGAGAGAUCCAGAUAAGACGCAGGGCAGCUUUCCAGCACUGUCUUUGUCCAGGGCCAUAGAUCCUGGCAUCACUGUCAAUCCAUGCAUAGCUCUUACCUCUGAGGAGAGAAGCAAGGUGUUCAGCAGGAGGUACCCAGUUAGAAAAUGCAUGAAGGGAAAUCCGUCUCUCACUGCUGCUUCUGAGCAGAGAGCGACCCUGCAGCAUGUCACAAGAAAGCUUCAGUUUGUCCGAGCUGAUUUGAGGAAGGAGGCGAGCAAGACAAUUUAACAGCAUAACAUUUAGUUUUCCCUGUUGAUGUAGAUUGUUUAAAGUUAGCAGUUCUUGGUAGUUAAAUAAUUAUAUUUCUAAGUUUUCCAUGUGUUUAAGGUGUGGAUAACAUUUGAGGUUAACAGGCAAUGUUAUGUGUCUAAGUAUGGAUGUACAGGUGCAUCUUUUUCUAUUUAAGAAAGUCCCUUUUUGCAAGUGUAUAAAGAAAACUGGAGUUUACUUGUUUAUAACAAAGUAUCUUCUUUUUUUCUGUUUCGUUCCUAUUGCCAGAGUUUUUCAUUUUUCUGGUAUACUUGUCAGCAUUUCAUUUUAUUAACUGAAAAGCAAAUGUAUGCUGGUUGUGUUAACCUUUUUUAUUAUGUAUGGCUUUUAUUUAUUUUAGUCAUUGUUAUUUGUAUUUAAUUUUGUUAAAAAGCCAGACGAUGCUAGAAAUGAUUGGCUGUUAAUAUCUAUUUUAUAAUUAUGAAUAUUUGUUUUAAUUUAGUUUUUAGUUAUUGUUUUUGUUUUGUUUACUUUGGUUUAGUCUUCUAAAUAGCAGAUAGAAGAUGCUAGUCAUGGCUGCUGCCUUUUAGUUUCUUAUGCAUAUUUUUGAGUAAUUUUUUUUUCCAUUGUUUCCUUUUUAUUUACUUUAUUCACUGAUGAUUUUGUUAUUGUUAUCAGUCACGUGGGCUUGUUUUGUUCCUCACUAAUCUUUACGUUUAAUAAAAGAAUGGCGCUAUGGUAA